CUCCCUCUUUCUGUCUCUCUCUCCCCUGUCUCUCUCUCUCUGUCUCGCUCUCCCCCCCUCCCUCUCCGUCUCUCUCUCUCUCUCUCUCUCUGUCUCUCUCUCCCUCUCUCUCUGCGCAUGCGUGAGUGAGUGGGCGGAGCAUUGCGAGUGUGGGAGCGUGCUUGCGUGAGAGCGUCUUUUGUAGCUUUAAUUUUCUUAUUUGCAUUUCCUCUUUUUCCUUUUUUUCCCCUUUUUUCUGAUUACAAUUUCUUUUUCUAAGCUAUAAGAAAUAGUUUUGUUAGUGACACUUUGGGCCUUUUUUCUCUCCUAGACUUGCCAUGUGUGACCCUUUUUUGGGGAAGCAUGGUGACCCGGGGUGUUCAGGGUUUAAACACGCUCACGUGGCAUCAUGGUGUUAAAGUGGAGUCCGCAGCCACUGUAGAGGAUGUGUGUUUGGCUAUAGGGGAGGCUGUAGGCCAUGAGUGUAUCCUGUCUGCCUCUAGAAUGAACUACACAAUGGUGGUGUUUCUUAAUACUGUUGAAAAAGCUACUGAGUUAGUAUGAAAAAAGUAAUAAUUAAAGGAGCGCUUACUGACGUUCUCCCGCUUUCCAUGCCAUCAAAAAAAGUCACCCUUUCCAAUGUCCCUCCGUUUAUCAGUGACGAAAUUUUACUGGAAGCUCUUUCUCGCCACGGCAAACCUGUCUCUUCAAUUAAAAGAAUCCCGAUCACAAGUCAGUCACCAUUACUUAAACACAUUGUUUCUUUCAGGAGAUUCAUGUACAUGAUCAUUAAAGACGACGCCAAGCUUGAUAUCGCCUUUAAUUUUCACGUAGACGGUUUCGAUUAUGUAGUAUUUGCCACUACAGGAAGAAUGAGGUGCUUAUGUUGUGGCAAAGAAGGUCAUCUAGUCCGCAAUUUCCCUGACUGCGGCACUAACUCGAGGGAUAUCAUUAAUGAACCAGCAGCGCAACAGCCAGCCGAGAUGGACCAGGCCGAAGCAGACCCAGUGGUGGAAUCGCCGAGGGAGCAAACGGGUGCGGAUGAGUCAGCUAAAGCCAGGUCUGUCUCGGCAGACAACGUGGACACAGGUACGAGACACGGCGGAGAAUUAGCUAAUGUAGAAAAUUCAGAGGUUGAAACUGAUGCGGUAGAAAGCAUAAACGUUGCCAAAACUAAUAUACACUUGACAGUAGUUAAUGAUGAUGGCAUUGAAAUGGCGGCAGAACAAGAACUGUUUAAAGCUCCUAUGAAAAGGAAAAAGAGUAAUAGAGAUGACGGUCCUAGACUCGUUAAGAAGGCAGAUGUAGCAGAAAGUGAUGAGCCCAAUACGGAAAGUGAAAGUGAAUUGUCUGACUCCAGCGUCUCAUUAUCACAGGCUGAGGGCUCGAGCAGGAGUUAUAACGCUGAGAACAUUAAACUGUUUUUACAGUCAACUAAGAAUAGGAGGGGGGUGCGGGUUAUUGAAUAUUUUCCCGAUCUACACCAGUUUACCGAGAAGGCAAAGCACUUAAUGGCAGAGAGUUGUUUUACAAAUAAAGAAGUGUACCGACUGAAAAAAAUAGUGAGGAAACUUACAUCGGAAACGAAUGAUGAAAGUAAAGAAGUGUAGAGACGAUAGAGAAAAAAGUGUGUUAUUUUUCAUAUGGUGCUUAACCCUUGUUUUACUCCUGAUGAGUCCAGAUUGCCACCCUAAACCUGAACGGAGCAAGGGACUGUAAAAAAAAGAGCAGAGCUUUAUGAAGUACUUUCACAGAAGAAAGCAGACAUUGUAUUUCUACAAGAAACACACACUGAUGCUAAAAACAUUAUAGAUUGGAAGAAGGAAUGGGGAGGAGUCUCUAUUUUUAGUCACAACACCUCUGUUAGUGGUGGGACUGCAAUCCUCUUCUCUAAAAACUUUAGUCCAGAGUCCUAUGAAGUCAACGAAAUUGUUAAAGGCAGAUUGCUGAAAGUUAAAGCAAAGGUUGACAUGUAUGUUUUUGUUUUUAUUUGUGUAUAUGUGCCGACAGAAGCAAUUGGAAGGCUGUCUUUUUUAAGGAAACUCUCAGAAACUCUACAAGGUUGUAGUGGAGAGGAGUAUUUGUUUUUGGGGGGGGAUUUUAACUGCACUGAACAGGACAUGGACAGGAACCAUGUUGAACCGCAUAUGGCAUGUUGUAGAAGUCUUAAACAGCUGAUUGACACACAUGACCUGAGUGAUAUCUGGCGAAAGCUAAACGGCAGCAAUAGGAACUAUACCUGGUUUCACAAACACGAUAAUUUCAUGUCUGCAAAGUCAAAGUCAAAGAAGCUUUAUUGUCACUUCAAGCAUAUAUAUCAGAUGCAGUACACAGUGAAGUGAAACAACGUUCCUCCUAGACCAGAGGUGCUACACAGAACACAGACAAACACACUGAACACAGUACAGUGAUGCAGACAAACAUAGAGCUAUAACAGAGAUAAAAAAUAAACUAUAAUUUAAAAAUUAAAAUUAAACUAAAAAAAUUAAACUACACUUAAGGUGCAGUCUUUAAGAACUAGACAUAUAACAGAAGUGCACAGGAAGACAAGACAAGACAAGACAGUGCAGACAAACAACAUAUAGGCCGACUUUGUGCAAUGAGCAAGACAAUAUGCAAAGAACAGUGUAUACAGUGACUGCAGAUAUUAAAGCGACACAUGUAAACAGGAUUAAUAUAAAUAUAUAUAAAUGUAAAGUGGCAUGCAGAGGGGCUAGAUCGGUCCUAUGUGUUUAAGCAUCACCUGAGUAUUUGUAAAAAGGUUUUUAUCACCCCAAUAGCUUUCUCAGACCACUGCAUGAUACAAGGUAUUUUUGUUUUAAGCUCAAUCAAACCAAAAAGUGCAUAUUGGUACUUCAACUCUGCACUGUUGGAUGAUAAGUUUUUCCUUGAUUCUUUUAAGUUUUUCUGGGAAGAUUUUAGGUUGACAAGGAACUCUUUUAGAGCUGUUCAGCAGUGGUGGGACUAUGGCAAAAUACAAAUCAGACAAUUUUGUCAACAAUACACUUUUAGUGUCACUAGAGAGCUAACACGAUCUAUGAAAGAUUUAGAAGCUGAAAUCACCCACUUGCAAGAGCUAGUGGAGGUAACAGGAGGCGAGACGUUUGCAGGACUGCUAGCUGCAAAAAAGCGUCAGUGGCUGGAUAUGCUUGAAGCGAAAGCACAGGGGGCUUUGGUCUGGUCAUGUUUUCUGAAUGUGAACCAAUUGGAUGCACCGACUAAAUACUUCUUCAGCCUAGAAAAGAAAAAUGGUCAAAAAAGGAUUCUUCAUGCCUUAUGUUCAGAGGCUGGAGUACUAUUGUCUGACCAGACAGACAUCAGGGAAAGGGCAGUGGAGUUUUACAAAGGUCUCUACAGGAUUGAGGCAUCUGGUGAGCACAGCACUGGCAGUGGUUUCCUUGCACACCUUCCAAAGUUGACAGAGGAGGCCAAUUUUGGCCUCAAAGGUGUUGUGAGCAUGGGAGAGCUUCACAAAGCUCUCCAGAGCAUGAACACUGGUAAGGCAUCCGGAAUUGAUGGACUCCCAGUUGACUUUUGAUGUGGUGGGAGAGGAUGUGCGCCUGGUGCUUAAUGAAAGCCUGGCGGGAGGUUCACUGCCAGUUAGCUGUCAGAGGGCCGUUCUCACCCUUCUUCCAAAGAAAGGUGACUUGACAGACAUUAAAAACUGGUGUCCUGUCUCGCUGCUGUGUAGUGACUAUAAACUGCUCUCCAAAGUCCUGGCAAACAGGUUGGCUGAAGUACUGGUUCAGGUCAUUCAUCCAGACCAAACCUAUUGUGUGCCUGGCAGGACAAUCUUCGACAACAUAUCCCUAGUCAGAGACGUCAUAGAUUGCUCCAAAAGGUUCAACCUGGAUUUCGGCUUAAUCUCCUUAGACCAAGAUAAAGCUUUUGAUAGAGUUGAGCACCAGUAUUUAUGGAGCAUCCUGGAGGCUUUUGGCUUUUGCAAGGAGUUUAUUGAGAAGGUAAAAGUGCUCUAUAGUGAUGCUGAGAGUGUAUUGAAGAUAAACGGUGGCUUAUGCUCUCCUUUUAAAGCUUGUAGGGGGGUGCGACAAGGCUGUGCACUGUCCGGAAUGUUGUAUUUGAUCACUAUAGAACCUCUUUUGCAGCAGAUUAGAAAAUAAAGUAAAUGGUCUGUGCAUUACAAGCUCAAACAGCAUCAAAGUAGCAGCAUAUGCUGACAAUGUCAUAGUUUUAGUAAGUGACAUAGAUGCUCUAACAACUUUGCUGGAAAGUUUCUACUAUCCUCGGCCAGGAUUAACUGGAACAAGAGUGAGGCCUUAUUGUUUGGGAACUGGCCGGGUGAGAAACUAAGGCUUCCAGAGGGGCUAGCAUGGAGGAGAGGGGGGUUUAGAUACCUAGGAGUUGUUUUGGGGGACGAGGCCGAUGUGGUGAAGAAUUGGGAGGGGGUACUCGAUAAGGUAAAGGGCCGUUUAGCAAAGUGGAAGUGGCUAGCAACCAACAUGUCAUAUAGGGGGCGGGUUUUAAUAGUCAGCAAUCUAGUGGCAUCCUCAUUGUGGCACAAAAUGGCUUGUCUGGACCCCCCUAUAAGUUUCCUGAAAGAUGUACAAGCUACACUAGUUGAUUUUUUCUGGGACAAACUGCAUUGGGUACCACAAAGUGUGGUAUAUUUGCCAAGGGAAGAGGGUGGACAAGGACUAAUACACCUACAAAGCAGGGCAGCAGCCUUUCGCCUGCAAUUCCUUCAGCGACUUCCGUACGGUCUGGCAGAAUCCAACUGGAGAACUGCAGCUUGCAUCAUUCUAAACAGCACAGAAGGACUGAAUCUCACAGGCAGAGACUGCAGAUUCUUUGUACUGGCUGCUUGAGGAGCCCCUAGUCCACGGGGCCCGACUAGACUUAGCUUCCACCAACUGCAACUUUCCGGGACUCAACAAGCUACUUCUGGACUCAAGGACUGUAACACUGGGCAAUUUGUUGAACUUUGCAGGACCAUACUUUACAGAUGUGGACACCACAGCAGCACACCUGGGAAUCAGGUCAGCUCGACAAGUUACACAGCUGUUAGAGAGGUGGAGGUCUAGUCUCACUGCAGAAGAACAAGGUAUGGUGCAGGACUGGUUUACAAGGGGAAAACCUCAAGUUCCGGAGGAUCCUUUUCCUGCUUUGUAUUUGUCUCCUAAACUGGACGAGGUUGCAGGUGUCCUUUUGGACUCUAGCAAAUGGUGUACACUGGACUUUUUAUCAAGUACAAGUAAGGCUAUGUACAAAGUCUGUGUAAAGGUUUUUAACAGAAAGUGGUUAAACAACUGAACUGACUCACCUUGGUGUGCAGUACUUGGGGUGAAUGACACUGUUAAGCCAGUAUGGAGAGUAUUGUAUAAGCCACCGUUAUCUAAAAGGUUAGGAGAUAUUCAGUGGAGAAUUAUUCAUGGUAUCAUUGCAGUUAAUGCUUUUGUUUCCAUUUGAAAUCCUGAAGUUAACCCGGAAUGUCCUUUCUGUACUGAAAGAGAGACUGUUUCAUGCUUUUAUGAAUUGUUUUAGACUAGAACCUGUCUUUAGUUUACUGAGUGAGUUGUUUUAUUGUUUUAAUGAACCAUUCUCACUGACAACCUUUAUCUUUGGCAGCAGAUAUGUGAGGAGAGACCGGUAUGUGUGCCAGCUGCUGAACUUUCUACUUGGUCAAGCAAAACUAGCCAUCUACAUUAGUAGAAAAAACAAAAUGGAAAAAAGAUCUGGACAGAACACUCGGGCGAUAUUUGUGAACUCUGUUAAAGCCAGAAUUGCUGUUGACUUCCAGUUUUAUGACCUGACGUGUGACCUGGAGAUGUUUAAGUUAAUGUGGUCCAGUGGAGAUUGUUCAUGUUGUAGAGAUAAUGGAGAGCUCUCUCUUUCACAGCUCUCUGUAGGAUGGUUCGUGUUUUUUCUAUGUGUGGGUUUUUGUUUUUGCCCCCCCCCUUCUUCUUGAGAUGGCAAUAUUGUGAUCUUUUGUGCUUCCUUUA